CAUCCACUCUGGGUCGCGUAAUUGGGAUUGAGAGAAAAAAAUGGACACGCAAUCGCUGGAAACGCUCGUCGAGCGGCAUGAUCGUGAACACGGCGUACAGGAGGUACGCAUCCGCGUCCCGUUCGGUGAGCUGGCCGGUAAGUGGUGGGGCCCCCGGAACGUCCGCCCGAUCGUGUGCCUGCACGGCUGGCAGGACAAUGCCGGCACGUUCGACACACUGAUCCCGCUACUGCCGUCCCACAUGAGCUUCCUGGCGCUGGACCUACCCGGCCACGGGUAUUCCUCCCGCAUCCCGGACGGUAUGUCCUACCAGCCGAUGAACGUGUUCUAUCUGCUCAACUUCGUAAUGCACGAGUACGGCUGGCGCAAAAUAUCGCUCCUGAGCCACUCGAUGGGCUCGGUGCUGCACUACGCGUACGCGGCCAUCUUCCCGACCCGCGUCGACCUGCUCAUCUCGCUCGAUGCGCUCAAGCCGCAAAUCUUUCGCCCCGCAGGGCUCGUAUCGAUGAUGGCGGAACUAACGCCCGAGCUGCUGCGGGCGGAUCUGCGCAAUCAGGAAAGGACGGAACCACCGUCCUACACGUACGCCGAAACGGUCGAUCGGUUGUACGAGGGUGCGGUGAACUCGAUCACCCGCGAAGCUUGUCCCUUUCUGCUGCAGCGCAAUCUGCGCAAAUCGGCCAAAUUCCCCGACCGGUACUACUUUGCGCGGGACAGUCGGUUAAAGUACGGGACCGGGUUUUUGUGGUCGCAGGAGGUUAACAAACGGUUGGCGCUGAACCUAACGAUGCCGUUUCUGUUUGUGAAGGCAACGGAAUCACCGUACUGGGAGCGGAAGCAGUACUACGACGAGGUGAUCGAGAUACUGGAGCGCAAUAAUGCGCGGUUUGAGCUGCGGUAUGUGGAGGGCACGCACCAUGUGCAUCUGUCCCAUCCGGAGCGGGUGGCGCCGGUGGUGGCGGACUUUCUGAAUCGCUACUGGCAAAGGGAUGAGGAGAUGGCGAGUAAGCUUUAGGACGGGUGUGUUCGAUGGGGACUGGUUUUUUGGAGGGGAAGCUAAUGUUAUCUACGGGUUUUGGGGAAUGUAUUUUUGUGAUAAAUAAACAAUUUCUA